GACCAUUUCUUGCCUUUGCGUCGAUUCCCAGCCAAGCCCACUCCUCCACUAAGCCCACCCUCGACUCCAGCUUCAAAUCGCACUGAAGACAUGAUCCAAGUCAUCAAGUGCACGAGCAAGCCCUGUAUCAACGGGUACCCGGCCUCCAAGCUGGAGUGCCCGACCUGCCACAAACUAGGAAUACCUGGGUCUUUCUUCUGUGGCCAGGAGUGCUUCAAGGCGAAUUGGAAGUCGCACAAGGUCAUCCACACCAUCGCCAAGGCGCCGCUGCCGUCUUUCAAUGAGGGUGAAGAAGGGAGCUUCGAUCCUUGGCCUGACUUUAGGUAUACCGGAACAUUAAGGGCAGUGUAUCCGCUGUCGCCCAAACGCGCUGUGCCAAAGCACAUCAACAAGCCGGACUAUGCGAAGGAUGGUGUCCCGAAGUCAGAGGCACUGGAGCCGUAUAACUCUAUUCGCAUCCUGAACAAGAAGCAGCAGGAGAGGAUGCGCGUUGUCUGCAAGAUGGGGCGCGAGAUCCUUGAUCUGGCCGGAUCGCACGUCAAGCCCGGCGUCACGACGGACGAGAUUGACGAGAUCGUGCACAACGCGAUCAUCGAGCGUAAUGCGUACCCAUCGCCGAUGAAUUAUCGCGAGUACCCGAAGUCGAUCUGCACGUCCAUCAACGAAGUCAUCUGUCACGGCAUCCCAGACAAGCGCAAGCUGCGGGAGGGCGACAUCCUCAACAUCGAUGUUUCGGUGUACUACGAUGGGUACCACGCCGACCUGAAUGCUACCUACCCGGUCGGCAAAAUCGACGACGAAUCCAAGAUGCUCAUUCGCACGACGCGGAAAUGUCUCGACGAGGCAAUCAAGGUUUGCAAGCCGGGUGCCCUCUUCCGCGACAUCGGCAAAGCAAUCGAGCCCGUCGCGCACGCGAACGGCUGCUCCGUCGUGCAUACGUUUGUCGGACACGGUGUCCAUGACCUGUUUCACGGCAACCCCAACAUCCCGCACUACGCGAAGAACCGCGCGGUCGGAACGAUGAAACCAGGCAUGACCUUUACUAUCGAGCCCAUGAUCAACCUAGGUGUGUACGGAAAGGAAGUAUGCUGGCCCGAUGCCUGGACCAUGGCCACGGCCGACGGAAAGAGAAGUGCUCAGUUCGAAGAGACGCUGCUGAUUACGGAGACUGGCGUGGAAGUUCUGACUGCUGGAGCGCCUUUGGAUAUCUGAGAGUCUUUCAGGAUCCGUAUCGUGCUCAUAGACCAUACGUACGCUGUCCAUAAGACCAAUAAAGGAUCUCAGCGGCCAUCCAGAACGCCGCUAGCCACUU